CGCCGCCGCCGAUGCGAGAUUUUAGGAUUUUAUUGAUGAAUGAAGAAGGACCUGAAAUCUGCCAGGGAUUGUUCUUCUGAAGGUGGUCUGGCAUAGUUCUCGGUAAGCUUGAACUUGUCUAGCUGCCUUCUGAACUUCCAGAAAUUUGCAGCAUCCACAGCGUACUAUGGAGAGGAAUUCCAUAGGUUGCCAUCUGUUUUAUGAAGAUGUUUCACUUUUUUUGAACUUGUUAUGUGUAACCUUUGAUAGGUGUCUCCUUAUGCUGGAAGAAAAUGUGACUUGUUAUUCACUAUUCAGUCAUAAUUUUGUAGACCUCUGCUGUAUUGAUUCCUCAGUCCUUUUUCUUCCAUGCUGCAGAACCUGAACUAUGGUAGUCAUUGCUUGUGUGGAAGCCACUAUGGCUUUUGAUGUGAGCGUUCUCUCUUAAGUACGGAGUACUAGUAAUUUUACUGUGUCAUUUUUAAGUGGCUGCAUUAGAGAGGAAGCAAACGUUCAUGCAGUAUUGAGGGGUAAUGCACUGUGGAGUUGCACAGUUAAAAACUAAGAUGAAAAAUAUACUUUUAAAUUUUUUUUCUUACAACUUCUGAUAUCCAGUCUGAUUUGUUCACUGUUGGUGAAUACCUAGUAGAUGUUUUCAGCAAGCUAUCAGAUUGAACCCCAACAUCUCAGUCCUGAGUGGUAUGUAACUCAGAGCCUGUUGUAUAUAUGAAUGUCCUUGCCAAUAUGACCAUCAGUAUGAAAUUUAGCCCUUCUCUUUGACUUGAUAGAGCCUAGAGCUCUUGACUUUGCUGGCACACUUACAGACAUUUGAGUGAGUUUUGAAAAUGUUUAUCUAAAUGAUUAACAUAGGAUAAGUAGCAAAUUGAGACUUUUUUCUCUGAAAAAGAGAAAACUAAUCUGCAAAUUUCCUUUACUUUGCUUUUUUUAUGCAUUUCUCAAAUAUUUAAUUUUUGCAAAUAGUAUCCAAAAGUUUUUUGUGUAUGUGUGUGAAUGUUUCAGGAAAUGCUUCAAAGAACAUCAGAAGAUUUUUUUCCAAAGAUGGAAAGUUCGGUUGAAGAGAUGGAUACCUCUGAUACCCAGUGGGGCUGGUUUUAUUUGGCUGAGUGUGGUAAAUGGCAUAUGUUUCAGACUGAUUCAAACAGUCAUUGCUCUGUUAGCAGUGAAGAUAUUGAAAAGAGCUUCCGAACAAACCCACAUGGUUCUGUUUCUUUUACUACUGCAAAAUUUAACUACACGCUAGAUUUUACAGCGAUGAAACAAACCAACCUAACUACCCUGAAGCAGCGUCCAAUAAAGCGAGCUCCCUUUUCUAUCAGUGCUUUCAGUUUCAUCUGUGAAAAUGAGGCUAUCCCUAUGCCUUCCCACUGGGAGAAUGUAAAUACUGAGGAGCCAUAUCAGCUUAUUCCAUUGCAAAAGAAAACAAAUGAAUAUAAUGAAGUUUCUAGUCUCUUUGGAAAAACAAUGGAUAGCCACCGAAUUAAAAGAAUUAAAAGAAUACAAAAUCUAGACUUGUGGGAGUUUUUUUGCAGGAAAAAAGCUCAGCUAAAGAAGAAAAGAGGUGUCCCAACUAUUAAUGAGCAGAUGUUAUUUCAUGGCACCAGUAAUGAAUUUGUAGAAGCGAUAUGUAUUCAUAACUUUGACUGGAGAAUAAAUGGGAUGCAUGCUGCUGUAUAUGGAAAAGGGACUUAUUUUGCAAGAGAUGCAUCAUAUUCCAGUCGUUUCUGCAAAGAGGACAUGAAGCAUGGAGAUACGUUUCAAAUCCAUGGCGUGAAUCUACAGCCUCAUCUGCAUAGACCGGAUAAAGUCAUGUUUCUUGCUCGUGUAUUAACUGGUGACUAUAUUAAUGGUGAUUCAAAGUACAUGAGGCCUCCUUCAAAAGACGGAAGUUUCGUGAACUUGUAUGACAGCUGUGUGGAUAAUACCUGGAACCCAAAGAUCUUUGUUAUCUUUGAUGCCAACCAAAUCUAUCCUGAGUACUUAAUAGAAUUUUGUUGAGCUUGCGAGGAGCUGGACUGAAUGUUGUUUUGUGUCUUUUUGGUACUUUUGUUCCUUUUGUAAAGACAACAAUAUAAAAACAUGGAAGCGUGAAAGGAGAAAGGUGAAAGAAGAGCUAGCUUAUGUUUAUGGAGAAGCUAUUAGUGGUUGUCAAACUGUUUUUAAAAUUUGUAAACUUUACUAAUGCAGUUUUCAAAUGUAGAGACUAUUACAAAUUUGAAAUUGCUUAGUGAGCCUUAAAUACAUUGGGCAUUGGUAAGUUUUCAAAAGCAAGAUUUAUGUUCUAAUUUUUUUUUAAUAUAUUACAACUAUUUAUUCAUGCGGUAGAAAUAUGCCUGUAAGAUAGUAAGCUUAUACUGAAAUUAAUAUUUUAUAAAGAUUGUCUGUAGAACAUAAUAACAAAAACAACAACAGCAAAAAAAUGGGAGGGAACUUGCUACAUAUGUGUGUAUGUCUGUGUUCUGUGGUACACAUUGCUUUGUUUUUGGAAGUCUCUUUAGUUUGCAUUCUAAACUUACAAAAAAAUCGUUCUGGAAAAAACUGAUGAACGAGCUGUAACGUUCACCAAAGCUGCUAUGUUUAACCCCGGGUAUGUUUUAAUAUAAGCUUCAAUUACAUACUUGCAAAGCUUUAAUCAUAUACAGGCAUACCUUGUUUUAUUGCACUUCAGUUCAUUGCUCUUCACAGAUACUGCAUUUUUUUAUUGCAUCAUUUUUUUAGCAAUAAAAUAUUUUUUAAAUAAGGUAUGUACAAUUUUUUGGACAUAAUGCUAUUGCACACUUAAUACAGUAUAGUGUAAACAGAACUUUUAUGUGCUCUGGGAAACUGAAAAAUUUGUGUGACUUGCUUUAUUGUGAUAUUUGCUUUAUUGUGGUGGCCUGGAACUGAACGUGCAAUAUCUCCAAAGUAUGCCUUCACUUACAAGAUUACAAAACCAUUGCACUAGGAUUUGAACAUUGGUUUUGAUGGAGAUGAUGCCCGAUAAGCUCUUGUGGUUAUUAAUUGUUCAGUAUGUAACUGUUGAGCUCAGUGUUGGGAUAUCAGCUGUCCCGUACCACCUUUCUGAGGUCUUAUUCUACAACAAUUUUGCCUUCUUGUUACAGUAUGUGUGUGCUUGUACUUACAUUCAUGCAGCUGUGCUGCUGUGAUUCUUGUUUGGUCAGGGUUUAAGAGGUACUCAUUGUUUGUGUACGUACUGUUACUGCAGACAAUGUUUAGAUUAAAUUUACUGGAAAUAAUACAGUUAAACUAACAAUGAGAAUUUCUAAAGAUACCAUCCUUUAAUUUCUAAACUCUUUUAUAGAAAACUUCUAAUAACACUUCUCUAGACCAGUUAUGAAAACCUGAUGUAGUUGUAAAGUUACAGAGUAUUUUUCACAUGUAGGAAGAGCAAAAGAGAAUAUUUGGAUAAAGAACAAACUUGAGUACCUAAAUGCAUGUAGAGCCUGAAGAAGCAGCUGUUACAGUGAAAUGUGCUGAAAUGUUAAAAAAAAUUGCUACAAAAUUGUGUCCCUAGUGGUUUUCUUCCUUAAAGGACCUAAGGAGCACUGAGGGUCAAGUUACAAGGUCUAAGUAGAAGCUACCGCCUUUGGCUAUGACCAGUAGCAAAUCCCUAUAGAAACGGUGUAUAAUUAUGGCAGAUACAGAAUGAUGUGUAUUGUUCUGUCCUGGAAUUGUUAGUGGACUUUCUGGAUUGAAGGCUUUAUUUGAAAGGCACUGCAGCUGGCUCACCAAGUCUGCUCAGAAUCAUAUUAAACCUGUGGAACUGGAAGCAGAA